AACCGCUGAGUGACGCUAGUGUUGAGAAAGUGGACUUUAGAAAUCAACACAAAUAAAUUUUUUCUGGUCAGAAAAUCGUGAAAAUUCUCAAUUGAAAUGUCCUUUUUUGGACUGGACAAAGUGUCCAAGAUAUUCAGGAUCAUCCAGCAGAAUGGGGGCAUCCGUGCGAGUAUCUACAAGAUGUACAGAAUGGAUGAUUUGAAGGAAGGUCGUCUGGUGGGUACAGACAAGUAUGGCAAUAAGUACUAUGAGAACCCAUAUUUUUUCUACGGACGCAAUCGAUGGGUUGAGUAUUCUCCAUCAUAUGGAUUGGAUUACGAUGGUUCUCAAAUCCCAGCUGAAUGGUAUGGCUGGAUGCACUACAAGACGGAUCUUCCACCGGAUCGUGAUGGAUCCCGCCCAAAAUACAAGUGGAUGGUUGAUCAUUCGGAAAAUAUGUCCGGAACUCCUGGGCAGUACAUGCCGUACUCCACUACACGACCUAAAAUCGAAGCAUGGGAUCCCAGCAAGAAGCAGUAGUAGAUGUUCAGCAGGAUAAGCCCAUUUCCGAUUUUUCUUCUGUUUUUGCUAGAAAUCAAUAAAUUCCCUGGAAAAUUC